GCUGGGUCGGGGGAUUCAAAUCCCUGGAGUUGGAGGAAAUGGGCAGAGUCUGAAUCACCGGCGCUCAUUACCGAGCAGCGCCUCCAAACACCAAAACAACUCGAGCUUCGGGAGAAAGUGGAGUCAGCAUCGCUCGCAGCCCGUUCAGGAAAGUGCAGCAAAUCUACGCUGAGAUCUGAGAGGCCGAGCACGUCGGAAAAAAGGAGCAGGCAGUCGCUUCCUUUUGUGUCCCACCGAGGGCCGUUUCAAAGAACACUGUCUGGUGUUUUACUAAUCAAGAGAAGCAAAUUAUUUAGCCCCAAUGAAGAGUCGGCUUUGUCGUUAAACUCCUCCGAUGUUCCUCGAUUGCUGUUGUGAUUGCUCCUGGAUUCUUGGAUCAUUUACUUUGGCUGGAAAUCCAUUGAUUGUUUUCUACUCCAGCACAUCGGCUGUGGAUUUGCCAGCUUGCUGGCUCCCUUCUUUCUGGCCCAAUCUUAACUUGCUUAAUGGAUGACCACAAGACGGAAAGACAAAACCAGCAACUAAAACACAAAGCCUCCAAGUUAGGACAGAUGAUUUUUCUUGCCGUCUCCAGCUGCAUUGAUCACAAAUGAACCGUGAACGUCAACAAUAAUUUGUCGCAAUUCCUCACAUCGCCAGCUGGUGAAGAUUAUUGCUGUUGAACCCCCAUGAAUUCUACUUGCUGGCCGAUUCUCCAUCUUGUUGGGCUCAGGCUGAUUUCGUGGUGACUCCAUGCACGUCUUGGUUGAUGAACACUGAAUCUGCACUGGACUUGAACCCCUGGUCUAUGAUUUUCCACCUCAGUUACCAAGCACACUGCCAGCUACAGCAAACAAAUGUCUGCUAGUCCUCCCAGCUGAGAGGCCAUCGCCCAAGGAAGGCAAAGGAUGCCCUUCCUGAUCUGCCGCCAUCCUGAGGAUCCUUACUGCACAGACCAGAGGUAACUUUGUGACAAUCUUCUGAGCCAGAAAGUUCUUUUUUUUUUUUUUAACUUUCUGUGUCAACUAUGGGGAUGGGAAUACAGCUGUUCCUUCUCCUGGCACUGUUGGUGGUAACACGGCUGCAGGCGGUUAGCUUUCCUGAAGAUGAUGAACCCAUUGACACCAUAGACUAUCACUAUUCAAGGCAAUAUCCAGUAUUUAGAGGACGCCCUUUGGGCAAUGAAUCUCAGCAUCGGCUGGACUUUCAGCUGAUGAUGAAAAUCCAAGACACACUGUUCAUCGCUGGCAGGGACCAGGUGUAUUCUGUAAGCUUACAGGAGUCCCACAAGAAUGAAAUUGUCCCGUACAGGAAAUUAACAUGGAGAUCAAGGCAGGCAGACAGAGAGAACUGUGCCAUGAAAGGAAAACACAAGGAUGAAUGCCACAAUUUCAUCAAAGUAUUUGUUCCAAGGAAUGAUGACCUAGUGUUUAUCUGUGGCACAAAUGCCUUUAAUCCGAUGUGCCGCUAUUACAGAUUGGACAACUUGGAAUAUGAUGGUGAAGAAAUCAGCGGCCUGGCGAGGUGCCCGUUUGAUGCUAGACAGACCAACGUUGCCCUCUUUGCGGAGGGUAAGCUGUACUCAGCCACUGUGGCAGAUUUCCUGGCAAGUGAUGCCGUCAUAUACCGCAGCAUGGGAGACGGAUCUGCGCUCAGGACAAUAAAAUACGACUCCAAGUGGCUGAAAGAGCCACACUUCCUGCAUGCAGUGGAAUAUGGAAACUAUGUAUAUUUCUUCUUCAGAGAAAUUGCCAUUGAGCACACCAAUCUAGGGAAGGCAGUCUAUUCCCGAGUAGCACGCAUUUGUAAAAAUGACAUAGGUGGGUCGCAGCGAGUACUGGAAAAACACUGGACUUCGUUCCUGAAAGCCCGUCUGAACUGCUCGGUCCCUGGAGAUUCGUUUUUCUACUUUGACGUCUUGCAGUCCAUCACGGACAUCAUUGAUAUUAACGGCGCUCCAACUGUGGUUGGAGUGUUCACCACACAACUCAACAGCAUUCCUGGAUCGGCUGUGUGUGCCUUCAGUAUGAACGACAUUGAAAAAGUGUUCAGCAGUAGAUUCAAAGAGCAAAAGACUCCCGACUCUGUUUGGACUGCUGUUCCUGAAGACAAAGUGCCAAAGCCGAGGCCUGGCUGCUGUGCAGGGCAUGGUCUGGCAGAGACUUACAAAACCUCUAUUGAGUUUCCUGAUGAAACCCUAGCCUUCAUCAAAUCCCACCCUUUGAUGGAUUCUGCCAUUCCUUCAGUCCGAGAGGAGCCCUGGUUCACAAAGACUCGUGUCAGGUACAGGCUCACCGCCAUCACAGUGGACAAUUCAGCAGGCCCUUAUCAGAACUACACCGUCAUGUUUAUCGGCUCUGAAGCUGGCAUAGUCCUCAAAGUUCUGGCAAAGACUGCGUCCUUUUCGUUGAACGACAGUGUUUUCCUGGAAGCAAUUGACGCCUUUAACCCUGCAAAGUGUAUAUCAAACAGCGAGGAUGACCGCAGGAUCAUGUCGCUGCAGCUGGACAAAGAAAACCACGCUUUGUUUGUUGCCUUUUCUAGCUGUGUCAUCAGGAUGCCACUAAGUCGAUGUGAACGCCACGGCUCUUGUCAGAAGUCUUGUAUUGCAUGUCGUGAUCCAUACUGCGGAUGGAUGAUAAACGGCUCAUGUGAAAAAGUACCUGUUGGAGCAUUCACUGGUUUUGAACAAGAUGUAGAAUACGGCAACACAAUGCAACUUGGAGACUGUCAGGAAAUUCUGGCUACUACAGCUACGCCAGAUUACAAAACAUUUGGCAGCCCAACAUCUGACAUGAAGUUUUCCUCGCCCCCUGUAACCACAUCUGGCCAUAAAGUUUCUGCCAAAGUCAUUGAUUCUCAGAAAACAUUACUGAUUAGUUCAAGGAAAUUUGUGCACCAAGACGAUCCAGAUACCCCUGAUCUUUUCAAUCCUUUAUCAGGUAUCCCAAAGGGUGUAUGGGAGGUCCAGUCCGGAGAGUCAAACCAAAUGGUUCACAUGAAUGUUCUGAUUACCUGCGUUUUUGCAGCCUUCUUGUUGGGAGCUUUUAUUGCUGGUGUGCUCGUGUACUGCUACCGCGAUGCAUUCCUGAGAAAAUCACGGAAAAUUCAUAAGGAUGCGGAGUCUGCUCAAUCCUGCACAGAUUCGACCGGAAGCUUUGCAAAAUUAAAUGGAUUAUUUGACAGUCCCGUAAAGGAAUACCAGCAUAACAUUGACCCGCCAAAGUUGUACACCGACAUUUUGACCAAAAAAGAUGGACCCCCUAAUGGAGAUACUAAGACCAUGAUGCUGAGCUGUCACGGUCAGCCUCCAGAGUUAGCGGCACUUCCAACUCCAGAGUCAACUCCAGUUCUUCAACAGAAGAGCCUUCAGCCUGUCAAGAGUCAAUGGGAAAAGCCGCACCCUAAACUGAAUGGCUCGCGAAAGGAAUCGCCUCUGAAAAGUCCCCAGUUUUUUCCAUCCAGCCCCCCUCCUCAUUCUCCUCUUGGACACCCUCAUAUUCCAAGCGCUGUGGUUCUUCCUAAUGCCACCCAUGACUACCGCGCUUCCUUUGCAAAUGUGGAUGCUCACCGAUCCGAACGGAAAAUGCAGAACAUCGAUCACCCCGUGGUUGUAAAAUCGAGCAAAAAAGAGCAUCGGCGAUCAGUGGACGCAAGAAAUACGCUUAAUGACCUGCUCAAGCAUUUGAAUGAGGCCAACGGCAACCCCAAGGCUAUUCUGGCAGAUCCUACUAUGGCUCGUCAGAACAUGAUGUUAGAUCAGAUAAACAUGUCUGAGAUACCACCAAAAGUUCCCAGCAGAGAAGCUUCCCUCUAUUCUCCAUCCUCAACACUUCCAAGGAACAGUCCAACUAAAAGGGUGGAUGUGCCCAGUACUCCUACCACACCAACAGUACCGAUGAACACUUUAGAAAGACAGAGGGGCUACCAUAAAAGUUCACAAAGGCAUUCAAUAUCUGCCCUGCCGAAAAAUAUGAACUCUCCAAAUGGAGUCAUGAUAUCGAGGCAGCCCAGUAUGAACAGAGGUGGCUAUGUGCCACCUACACCGCCCUCCAGGCUAGACUCACAUGGAGCACCUGUUGGUGUCCAUCAACAACCUUCAAUAUCCCGACAGAGUAGCUACACGGGACAGGGUUCCCUCCCGCGUACAGGAGUCAAGAGGACACCCUCCAUAAAGCCUGAUGUCCCCCCAAAACCCAAUGGGUUUGUUCCUCAGACUUCUUCCCUAAGGCCAGUAAACAAAUAUGGCUACUAAAGUGUGAGCUUGUUCGCUUGGUGAAAACAAACAAAACAAACAAACAAACAAACAAAAAAAAUGGCCUGGUGCUUUCAGGUUGCCUGAAAGUUUUUGCUCAUGUUUGUUGAUUAAAAAAGAAAACGAAGAAGAAGAAGAAGAGCGAAAAACAAACAGCACUGUAGUAGCAGAAGCAGGAGAAACAAAUGGCCAAAGCUGCCGAUUUGGCUGACUACCCCACCUCUGCUUUGUCUGUGAACCUUUGCCAAACAGGCAGGACAAUGCUACGUUAAGGUUUAAAGACGUAGAGCAGCCGGGACACCCGAGGAUGUUGGGUCAAGUGGAUGCAUUGGGGAGCGUAAUUGUUCAUUUUUAUGCAUUUUAUGCCAUGCCGGCAUUUAGAAAUUCAUAUGUGAUAAUACUUGAACAAUGAGUUGCAUUUUUCACUGCCACCAAGCAUUGCUGUCUUCCCAUACAAUGUGAACUUUUAUUUAACACACACACAUAUAUAUAUACAUAUAU